AUGGAGAUGAAUAAUGACUUACCAAGUUCUGUACAAGCUAAAUUUAAAUCUGAUACAGGGGAAGAAAUUGGAAGUCCACUUGACUUGCCUCUAAAUGUAACGAAAGAUCAACUUACACUUAUAUGCAAUGCUUUGCUACAAGAGGAAGAUAAACCCUUUUUAUUUUAUGUGAAAGACAUUGAAAUAACAUCUUCAUUAAAGGAAGUGUUGGACACUGUUCUUUUAAACUCUGAAGAAGUAGUAGAAAUAAUUUAUCAACAACAAGCAAUUUUCAGAGUAAGGCCGGUGACAAGGUGUACAAGCUCUAUCCCUGGACAUGCUGAAGCAGUGAUAUCAACAAGUUUUAGUCCAUCAGGCAAACAGUUAGCUAGCGGUUCUGGAGACACCACUGUUAGAUUUUGGGAUUUAAAUACACAGACGCCGCUACAUGUAUGUAAAGGUCAUACAAACUGGGUGCUCUGUAUAAGCUGGUCUCCAGAUGGUUCUAAAUUAGCUUCAGCAUGCAAACAAGGCAGAAUAAUCCUAUGGGAUCCAAUCACUGGGAAUCAGAUUGGGAAAACAAUGAUGGGGCACAAGCAGUGGGUCACAGCUUUAGCGUGGGAACCAUAUUUAAAAAAUUCAGAAUGUCGUAAGUUGGCUAGUUCUUCCAAAGAUGGAGAUGUUAGAAUUUGGGACACAGUUACAUGCUUAACCAUACUAAGUUUGACAGGACAUUCAAAAGCAGUUACUUCUGUAAAAUGGGGAGGUAGUGGUCUCAUUUACACAUCUUCCCAGGAUAGAACUAUCAAGGUGUGGAGAGCUGAAGAUGGAGUUCUCUGUCGAACUUUAGAAGGACAUGCUCAUUGGGUAAAUACAUUGGCUCUCAGCACUGAUUAUGUAUUAAGAACUGGUCCAUAUCACCCUAUACUUGACAGAAAUGAACCAACUACAGAUAAAAAAGUUCUACAACAACGAGCGAUUGAAAGGUAUGAGCAAGCAUGUCCCCAAGGUGCAGAGCGUUUAGUAUCAGGUUCAGAUGACUUUACCCUAUUUUUAUGGCUUCCUCAGCAAGAAAAGCGGCCACUUGCCAGAAUGACAGGGCAUCAGCAACUCAUUAAUGAUGUAAAAUUUUCCCCUGAUACAAGAAUUAUAGCAUCAGCAUCAUUUGAUAAAUCAGUCAAGCUGUGGGAAGCAGCUUCAGGAAAAUUUAUUACCACACUCCGAGGACAUGUGCAAGCAGUUUAUAUGGUAGCGUGGUCAGCAGACUCAAGACUACUUCUUAGCUCUAGUGCUGAUUCUACUUUAAAAGUUUGGAGCAUGAAAACAAAAAAGCUUGAGCUUGAUUUACCUGGACAUGCUGAUGAAGUGUUUGCUGUAGAUUGGUCUCCUGAUGGAGCUUAUGUAGCUUCAGGUGGAAAAGAUAAAGUAUUAAAAUUGUGGCAACAUUAA